AUGAUUGCUUUCCCAGAUUCUAAGGAAACCUUUUUAAAUUUCCAGAGAACAACAGCCAUCUUCCUCCUGAUAGCGUACGCGAGCGCGCGGCCCUCCGACGAAUGGGAGCCGGAAGGUCACUCCCACUCGGAGCACACGAAGCCCUACCACGUGACGGUGGUGAAGAAGAUCGGCGUGCCCGUGCCGCACCCCGUGGCCGUGUCCGUGCCGCAGUACGUCAAGAUCCCCAUCCCGCAGCCCUACCCCGUGCACGUCACCGUUGAACAGCCGAUCCAUGUGCCUGUUUACAAGGUCGUCCCCCAUGUGGUCGAAAAGCCAGUACCUUACACCGUAGAAAAGCCCGUACCCUAUGAGGUAGAGAAACCAUACCCCGUCGAGGUAGAGAAGAAGGUAGAGGUACCAAUCCCUAAGCCCUACCCUGUCCACGUACCCGUAUACAAACACAUCUACCACCAUAAGGGAGGCAAGCACUAA